AUGGCGUCCGAACCGUGGCUCGCGAUAACUACCAGCGUCUUGGCGGGAGUCGCAUCGAUCUUUCUAGGGCUACGGUUCAUCGGCAAGUGGUGGCUACAGAGACGCGUGUGGUGGGAUGAUGGCCUCAUAGUCGCAUCAUGGGCCCUCUUUAUUGGAUGCUUGGCGCUCAUCAUCCGACUAACCGUUUCGGUCAAUGGCGACAACAGCACCGAGUCUUGGAUUGAAGCGAGCGCAUCGAGCCUCAUGGGUCCUAUUCGCACGACUCUGGCCGUCGUCUCCAUCGCCUGGGCCAAGAGCGCCUUCGUCCUCUCCUAG